ACGGCUCGCCCAUUUCUCUCGUCUCCUUCGUCGUCUCUGUUUCUUCCCACGUUCCUCUCUCUCUCUCUCUCUCUCUCUCUCUCGCGGCCACCCCUUUCCUGCCGGCGACGACCGCCGCCACGUCUACGCCGGGCCCUUUGCCGGCGACGAGCCCCGAAAAGAUCGACUCUUUUAUGAGUCCACAAGGCACCCAGGAUGAAGUUUUUAGAACACACCCCCUUCGACAGCAUAAAUCUGUUCCUCGACCAACUCAACCUCGGCGAUUGUGCAAUCAGAGGAAACCUUGAAGCCUUCUCAUGCAAGCACACUGCGACAGACCGCCGGCUUUCAAUUAGCCUAGAACAUGAGAUUCUUGAUUACUUAGGAAAGUCCUCUGACAGUGACCCUUCUUCACCAGUGGAGCACCUAUCCUCCAGAUCAAGCCGGAAGACAUUGAUAUAUCUAGUUCUUACUCUUGGGCACAUGUAUCCAGAUUAUGAUUUCAGUGCUGUUCGGGCACACUUGUUCUUCCAAGAAGAGGAGAUGGAAAGUUUCAAGCAGAUGAUAGACACCUACUUAUCUGAUGCUUCUAGGCAAUGGGCAGCAACAAAUGAGGGCAGUUCUCUUCUGGACAGUAUGACUAAAGCUAUUGAUGAGGUUAUCAAAAUCAGAGAGUGUGACAUCUACAGCUAUAACCCAGACUCUGAUGGAGAUCCAGUUCAAGAGAAAGGGGCCAUAUGGUCAUUCUACUACUUCUUCUACAAUAGGAAGCUAAAGCGAGUUGUGAGCUUUCGAUGUCACUGCACUAGCAAAUUAUCAGCAGAUGACUUCCUAACUGGUGUGGCGUCUGAUGGUGAAGAGGAAGAUGCCUUGAUUGACAUGGACAUAUGACUGACCGCGUUCUGCUCAGAACCUGUUGUGUGUGUGUAAUAUAUAGCGUAUAUGCCCUAUUCCCGUUAGGAAGCUUUUAAUAUAACUUCCCUUUUAUCGUAGCCUGCGGAAGCUAUGGCUCUUGUUAGCGUUGUAUAUGCGGAUUGGAGAUUUGGUAGCGGCAAACUUUUAAUCCCUGAGGUUUGAACUGUCACGCUAUGUUCGUACUCUAGUGCUUGCUGGAACUGAAUUCUAUGUCCUGCUUAGUUAAAGAAUAAAAUAUUUCAGACAAUUGUGUAAUCAAAUUUGCUCUACUGUUCA